GGCGGACGAUUUAAAGUGUAGAACAGGUGGCGUUUAUUAGGACAUUUCUCUGUAGAUAAAAGCGUGUGUUCAUUUUGGUUCUUGAAGCUAUUCCUUAUUUGUAGUAAUGAUCCCGAUCUUACCGAAGGUACUCUGUCUAAGAAAUGAUUUGGUUUUGCAGCAGGCUGUUUCACUGUUUAGGAUAGCAUUUGCAAGGCAUUUUCCAGUGUGCACCACAGGCCAUGUCCUGCGCAGCAGUAAGAGGGACUACAGGUCCAUGCCCACGCAUGGUAUUGGCAGGUAUAAAUACUUGCUACCAAAAGAAGUGCCAAAGAAGAAAAAAGAUGUGCCAGAGAUGAAGGAGAUCAAGGCUGGUACAGACAUGGAGUAUGGCUGCCUGAACAUUUGUGUAACUGGCCAUGAUAUGACCCUUGUGGAGCAUUAUGCUCAGUAUGCUCAUAAUCUCUGCAACCGGCUUAACAUUAAAGUGGAGGAUAGCUAUGCAAUGCCAACUAAAUCUUCAGAGGUAAUGCUUUUACAAGAGCAAGGUACCAAGAUGUAUGUUGAUGCAGUUCUAAAGACUCAUGAACGUAUUGUUCAGAUCAGCAGUCUGAGUGCUACAUUGGCUCCCAUUUUCAUAGAGAUUCUACAACGAAAUCAACCAGAGGGAGUUAAUCUUUCCAUCAAAGAGCACACUGAGGACGAUUUUCACAUAAGAUUCAAGACGAGACCAGAACUUGAAGGACUGAUGGCACAAAUAGAUUAAUGUAAAAAGUACAUGGUAUGAAUGAGAUCCAGCAUUACAAUCCCUCUUAAUGAAACCCUCUGGGCAGCAAUCAAGGGUAGUUGACUUAACUUCUUAAUUGCUUUGUCUUUUUUUCCAGCCGUGACCUGUCAGAUAUGUUUUCAUAAAGAAAAUGGAAUGAA